UCCCCAGCCAGAGCAUUUGAGAUUUUGGAGUGGCCCAAUCCUCCCCACAGAACUCACCAGGGUUUCAACAUGGUCACCAUCAAGGAUCGGGCAGUUUUGCAAACUAUUUUCCACCCAAAUGUUCCCUUUGAUGAAGAUUACCAGGAGGAGCCGGGGAAGCAACAAGCAAUUCAAGGCGGCUUUGAUCCUGAGCUGCUGAGGCAAGCCACUCAUCUGGAGGCCCAGGGAAUAGCAGCAGCCGAAGGCGGAGACCUGGGCCUGGCCCUGGAAAAAUUGAGCCAAGCCAUCCAGCUGCUUCCAGCGCGAGCCUCGGCCUUCAACAACCGUGCACAGGCUCUUCGGCUCAAAGGGGACGUCGCAAAGGCGCUGGAAGACUUGGAGGCAGCCCUGACACUCAGCAAAGGGGCUGGGCCGGUGGCACGCCAAGGUUUUGUACAACGCGGGCUGAUCCAGCGGUUGCAAGGCGAGGACGAAGCGGCCCGGAGCAGCUUUGAGCAGGCGGCCGCCCUGGGCAGCAGCUUUGCCCGCCGACAGCUGGCGCUGAUGAACCCUUACGCAGCGCUCUGCAACCAGAUGUUGUCGGAAGUGAUGAGGAAGGCUCACCCGAAAGGGGCGAAGGAGGCUUGCUGAGCCUGACGUUUUGGGGGGAGGGGGGUGCGAAGGGGCAGCUGAAUAAAUCCCACGGCUUGAGA